CAGAGCUCAUGACAUAAAUACAGAACAUAGACCAUAGACCCAUCAAAGACCCAUAUAGAGCAGAACAUAAUUAUCCGCUGAACACAGAAAUAGAUUUUUUAGUAACGAAACAUCAUAUUUUGGUGCUUACAGCAAAUAGUUAUAGAUUCAUAACAAAUCGUAAUAUCGUAUAACAAAUAUAUCUAUUACAAAAGUAAUGACAAGAACAACACUGGUGGCCAACCUGCGUGAACUUUAUUGAAGGUAAGUAAAAACCUGAAACUCUGUAAACCCCAGCAGAAAGACAAAGAGCUGAAAGCCAGUGAAAGCUCAAGACAAGAGCAUUCAGCAAUCAGCAUAGUAAAGACCAAGUUAGUAAAGAAAAAUGUUGAAUGGAAACAAGCAAUAAAACCAUCUCAAAGUAAAAUCAGAACUUUCAGGUGUGAGCAUAAAUUUCAAAAUUUGAUAAAGUGACAAAUAGAAAUAGGUGACUGAAGUGAGGAGGUUUUGUAAACUUUUGGAAUAAAAUUGUUACAAUAUGCCUAUACCACUCAUCAAUCCUUUUACUUUUGGAAUUAUGCUAGUUAUAGCAGUAGGAACAGUUGCUUAUGGUGUCUGGUCAAAUAAUCAGCAAAACACAAAUUAUGGGCACUCAAAUCGAAAUCAUCAUUUUGAUUACAAUGCAACUAGAAUUAUUAAUCAGAGAGCAAGUCCAAGAGUGAUUCAGAGAGUUAGUCGGAAAGUUGCCUCAACAGUGCCUGAUGAUGAGGAUAAGAAGAAAAAUGGGAAGAUGUUGAAACCUGAUAAUGAUGAACCUGAAUGUGGUAUCUGCUUGGCACCACUUAAUGGGAAACGGAUAGUUCUCUCUUGUGACCACAUUUUUCAUUAUGAAUGUUUACAACCGUGGUUAAAUGAUCAUGGAACCUGUCCUAAUUGCCGUUCAAAUGAAACAUGAUAAGAUAAGCCAGAGGGUAACAACUACCCAAAAUGUGUACACCAUAUUCGAAUAUUUAAAAGGUACACAUCCUACCAUUUGGCGUGAGUUCUACAACGUAAUGUACUUUCCAUUAGCUCAGACUUUCUAGUGAAAUCGGCAACACCGCAUUCCAUACUAUCUAUCAGACUAUCCUUAUGCAACUUUUCGGACGGGAUUGUGGUGAAAGUACCACGCGCCAAUAAGGGGAGGAAAAAGGGUCGAGUACCAGACGUCAGACGCAACAAUUGAGAACAGAUUGACAAGUCGACAAGAGAGGCGGUGUUUUUCUUCACCUGUUCUUGCGACAUUUCUUGUACCAAUUUUAUAUACUGAUUACAGUUUUGUGUUAUAAAAGUCAAUAAAGACUCAUUAAGCCUUCGGUAGCUAUUUCAU